GAGAGCGUUGUCAAUGUAAACAACAUGUGCGUCGCGCGUGGUGGCGCAGAGUUUGUUUUGUUUUGCUUCAAAAUCAGCUGCGAUUCUCGCCGAAAGAACCGAUCUCCAUGGCAAUCCAUGGCAAUCCGGUAGUUUGUUUGGAAAAAAUGUCCUACGUGGCCUGGUUGAGCCGGAUUCGCGGCGCGGACAAGUCCUCCGCGAUUCAGGGCACGGUCCGCAAGGUGCACUACAACUUCCCGGACGGGGCCGAAAUGCUGGAGGAGUACAGCACCGAAACGGGCGUGGUGCUGCGACGAGCCUGGAAGAACCGGUCGGACCUGCUGCGGAAAGACGAUUGGACGGUGGAGUUGGGAGAUCCCAUCCCACAGGGAUUGAAGAAGGGCGGUGGCGGCGCCGCCGCGGACGGUGGCUUCCUGGUGCAAGAAUCUUCAACGGAACCGUUUCUCUCCAAACGUGUCACGCGGAACGCCAUCGAGUGGCGCAUCCGGAACCUGCCGUACCCGCUGUCCACGUACACGAUCAGCUGUGAGGGCGAUCAGCGCACGAUUACGGUGCGGACGUCCAACAAAAAGUACUACAAAAAGAUCGAGGUGCCGGAGUUUCAGCGGUGCGGCUUUGCCCCCAGGCAGGAGGAUUUGACCGUGCGGCACCAGAGCCAGACGUUGAUACUGUCGUACAAAAAGCCUCCGAUUCUGGUGGAGAUGGAGAAAGCGGUUCUGGUUGAGCUGCAAAAUGUGGAAACAGUUGAGUAUGAUAACAGUCUUCAGUGCGAGGACCUUCUGAAAGGGUUAAUUGGACAAUAAGAUUAAUUUUCUAGCGGAAA